AUGUUUUUGUCAAUAAUAUUUAUUUAUUUAAUUUUAAUUUCUUCCCUUUUUUCUGCUGGAGAGCUACCAACUCCAAAACGUUUAUUCCCAUCCAUUUUACCACCAAAAUCUGUUCAACAUAAAAAGGACAAAUCAUUUGAAAAAUAUAAAUUUUCGACUCCCUUUAAUGGAAAAAUAUCUUUUGACAAAGAACUUGAAGCUUUAAAAAGGCAGUCAACAUCGGCAAACGAAAAAUAUUUUGAAAAAAUUAAAAGAUCUUUACCAAAUAUAAAGGAUAUAUUAAAUCCUUUAUUAACAAAAGCUUCAGAUCCGAUUAGUCUGGAUGCUUUUAAUCGAUUUCGUAGAAAUUCUGUCGCUGCCUCACCAUCUUUAACUUCUAAUUCCCAAUAUUAUUCUAAAUGGAAGGGAUUAUCUCGGCUAUUAAGUAAAGAGGUGGGGAUUUUUAGACAAACUCCGAAGAAACGAUUAAAUGAAACAAUAAAAGAAGUAAAUUCCCCAAAUGAUUCAGAUGAAAAACAAAUUAAAAAAACAAGUUCAUGGCCGAGAACGAUUCCUUCUCCAAGAUGUAUAUCUAUGCCUAAAGUUGACAGAGGAAAAUACUAUUUUGUUGAAUUUAGACAUGAAUUGGUUGAUCCUGAUCCAAUUUAUGUUGAAUUUGAAGAUGAUCAACCAUUUGAUAAUGGAGGUAUUGCUGAAGUCUACAAAGGUAUAUAUGAAAAACAAAAUGUUGCUGUAAAAUUGAUAGGAAAGGAAACUGUUCAGUAUCCGCCUCAGUUAAUAUGGAGACCUACAAUCGACCAAAUACUUACUGAUCCAAAAAAUGAAGUGAAAGUUUUAAAAGAAUUUGAGAAAUAUUUUAAUGAAAAUAAAAAAGUUAAAAGACGUAUAAUUCAGCUUAUUGACUCGAUAUGUCAGAAAAACUGAUUUCCUUCUGAGAACGAACAAUUAUUUUGCUUUUAUUAUAAUUAUGGAGUUGGGGGAAGAAAAUUUUUAUAAAACAAUGAUUAAAGGUUUUGAAGAAAAUGCA